AAAUUUUGGUAUUUUAAGGACGGAAAUUUAAAUAAUUUAUAAUUCAUAGCCAGCACUGAGGCAGUUUAGGUGAAGUAUUGUAAAACUAAAAAACAAAAUCACAUCAUGAAAAUGUGAAAAUAUACAUUUACAACCUUAACCUAUUUAGACGAUUGAUUUGGGGGUUAGUUACACCUUUUAAUAAGUUUAAUGUUCAAAGUACAACUUUACAGCUACAAAGAAAUUAUGAAUUUGUGUAAAUGUCUUUGCAGGUGAUCACCGUUGAAUGAUAAACUUGCAGUUAUGGCCACCAAAGGAAGUUUGUCUUCAUUCUUGAUUCUGAGACUUUUCCUUCUUCUGCUUCACUUUAACCCUUCUCUGCUUUAUUUUCUAAAGAACUGCACUAUACUUUAUCAGGAGAAUCCAUCUGCUGAUGUCUAUGUGGAUUGCAAAGAGAGGAAACUUUUAGCUAUUCCUGAUGACAUCCCUAAAGAUGCAGUUUCAUUAGAAUUUGGUAGGAAUGAGCUUCUAAAACUUAAACAACAUCAUUUCCAUGGUUUGUUCAAACUGAGGAUUCUUGAAAUAAGAUCAAAUAAAAUUGCUUCUGCGGAAAAUGGAUCAUUUCUUGAUUUGGCUUUCUUAAAUACACUCAACAUGGGAUGGAACAAACUUACCAGUAUAACAGCCAAUAUGUUUCAAGGACUAUCUAAUCUUACCCAGCUUGAACUCAGUUUUAAUAGGAUCCAGUUUAUUCAUAAAACCGCAUUCAAUUUCCUUGUCAGCUUGCAAUCUGUAGAGUUGAGUGGAAAUAAAAUCCAACAAAUCACUGAAAUCCAACCCAUCCUCCAGCUACCACAGAUACAGAAACUUAAACUGUUAGAAAACUCAUUAUCUUCUUUUGAGACGAAAGACCUGCAGCUUAAUUUCUCAUCAAGUCUUAAAGAGUUGCAUGUCUCUGGGGAUAACAUGCAAAUGUUUAGCAUCACAACUCCAAUUCUUCCUCACCUCCAACUUAUAGAACUUUUACGCUCAAUCCAGUCUUCUGAAAUAACAUGGUACAUAUCGGACAAACAUUUUCUGAGAAACAUAACACAUUUAUAUCUUGGUUGGAGAGUACUUCUCUUUAAAAAUAUCAAGACAUUAAUGAAGAGUCUCGACUCUCUAUCGUACCUGAGCCUAGACGCAACAAGCAGGUGGAUAGAGAGAGGACUUUUGUCUACAGUUUGUAACAUACCAACACUGAGGAGUCUGGAUUUGACGUGCAGUGACCUUCGAAAUUUAACUUUUGAACUUGCAUCAUGCUCUCAGCUCUUAGAGCUUGAUUUGUCUUUCGGUCAAAUGGCUGAACUGCGAAAAGGUUCUAUACAAUCAAUCAACCGACUACAGUCGCUGAAUGUGACCAACAACAAACUCACCAUAGUUCCAUAUGAUAUAAGAAACCUUGCCUUCCUUGAGGUCUUAAAUAUGCAAAACAACACAAUCCUCACAUUAACCUGUGAGGAUUUUGUGAACACAACAAGUCUUAGAGAGCUAUACCUCAAUGGCAAUCGUAUAACUGAUAUCAAAAGUUGUGUGAUUGAAAAACUUCCUAAUCUUAUGGUUUUGGAUUUGAGCUAUAAUCUAUUAAUGACAUUUGGAGACUCCUUUGAUAUUCCCCUACAUAAGCUUGAGAUCUUGGAUGUAAUCCAGAACCCCAUAAAAACGCUAGACGUAAACAAAUUUCAACAACUACAGUCUCUAAAAAUGUUAAAUGUGGAAACACAGCUUUUAAAUAAUUUACCGGUCUGCAAUGACUUACAGCUCUUGGACCAUCUUACAGUAUAUUUACGCCCUCGAGAAAGCUUUAAAACCUCUGUUUCAAACUAUUCUGAAAUACACAUUAACGCACACUCACUGAAAAGUCUCACAUUGAUUGCCAAAGACCAACCCACUGACUUUGAUACAGUAAAAAAGUUUCUUAUGACUCUUACACCUGCCGAAACGUUUACAGCUACAAACAUCUAUGGAGACCCUCCUGAUGGAAGAACAUUUAAGUUUACUCCUCAGCUGAAGAGUCUAACUUUAACAAAAACUGAUCUUUUGAUUGUAAAACAUAAAAUGUUCCUACCAAUCCCACACUUGCAGACUAUGGAUCUUUCCGAGUCUGAGAUCAAGUCAUUGGAUUUUCUGAUGCUGGCCAACCUUACAGCACUCCGGUAUCUGAAACUGACAGACAGUGACAUCUCUGUAGUCAAUGAGACUGUCUUCCAGUACCUUCCAUCUCUAACAUAUUUGGAUCUGAGAAAUAACCCAUUUACCUGUGAGUGCUUAAAUGCAGGUUUUAUCCAGUGGGUAAAGAGCAACAAGCAAACACAGGUAUUCAAUGGUCAUCAGUAUGAAUGUUCCUUUCCUGUGUCUAAACGUGGUACCUUCUUACUAGACUUUGACGUCAAGACCUGUUGGGAAGAUGGCAGCUUUCUUUACUUCAUUUCCAGCACUUGUCUGGUUGUUCUGACUCUCCUCACAUCCUUCGUCUAUAACUUCCUGAGGUGGCAUCUCAAAUACACCUUCCACCUCUUCCGGGCCUUUCUGUAUGACAGCAGGAAGAGAAAGACCAUGAACCCUCAUCAGUUUGACGCCUUUGUGUCCUAUAACGUCGAUGAUGAGGGCUGGGUUUACAGGGAAAUGCUCCCAGUGUUGGAGGGACAGCAGGGCUGGAGACUCUGUCUGCACCACAGAGACUUCCAACCAGGUAAACCCAUCAUAGAGAACAUCACUGAUGCCAUCUAUGGCAGCAGGAAAACCAUCUGUGUGAUCAGCCGCAGCUACCUGCAGAGCGAAUGGUGCUCCAGAGAGAUACAGAUGGCCAGCUUUCGUCUAUUCGACGAACAGAAGGAUGUUUUAAUUCUGCUGUUUUUGGAGGAGAUUCCCGCUCGUCAUCUGUCUCCAUAUUACCGCAUGAGGAAGUUGGUGAAGAAACGCACCUACCUGAGCUGGCCUCAGGCUGCACAACAUCCGGGAGUUUUCUGGCAGAACGUCCAGAGAGCUCUGCAGGCAGGGGACUCAGAAAACACGGACCUGCUGACUGGACCGGCAGGAUGCUGAGAGAGAGCUACACGGCUUCAAGCUGCUCCUCCAAACCAGCCAUGAGAACUACACGGUGACAGACGCUAGAAGAAGUAAAGUCCUUCCAGCAAGUUCUUGAUCUAUUCACAGAGGAAUAUUCCUUGAUCAUCACUCAAUGGAGAUUCAACGAAUCUCACUUUUUACCUCUCCUGAAGAUACACCAAUAAGUGUAUUGGUGUUUGCUAAACAGUCUUGUAAUCUUUGACAUGUUAUUACCUCCUUAUCAGUUUUUUCUUAAAGGAGAGGACGGUAUUAUGUAAAAUGGACUUUUUUUUUAUCUUUACAUCAUGCUAUAAUGAUAUUUUGUUUAUAAAAACAUGCCAGGAUGUUGUUUUGAUUCUUUCAUGCACGUUUGAGAAAUCCUUUAAACUCCAGCAGCCACCAUGUGAGGCGCUUGAUCUCACAAAGCUCCGCCCAUUUCCACAAAGAUCCGCCCAUUUCCACAAAGCUCCGCCCAUUUCCACAAAGCUAUGCACAUUUCCAAAAUGUUCCUUCAUUCCCUUUCUUAGUUCCUCCGGACUAGUGGCAGCAGCAACUAGCAAACAAUUGUAAACGGCAUAAUGGAG